AGUCAAGUUAAGUUCAAGUUAGUAUGGGUUUCAAGGGUCUUCUUCCUAGUAAAAAAAACAUCAGUAAUAGUCAAACUUUUCCUCUGAUGGAGAUACAUUGCCAAUGUUAUUGGUCAAGUGGGAUCAUGUUUAGAGCUGAUGGAUGGGUGGGGGGAUGCUGUGUCCAUCCGGUGUUGGUUGAGUGGUGAGUGCUGUGACGAUGUUUCAAGCUGAGUUGCGAAGGAAAAUCAGACUACAGACUCACAGCAAACCACUCAAGAACCAACCAAAACAGAAAAACAUCAUCAAGAUGGGAAGAAACUCAAAGAGACAACAACGAGAAGACCAGGAACUGCAACUACUGACAACAGCAGCAACAACAACAACCCCUACACUCGACUCAGAAGAGGAACACGAGGAAACAGGAACGACGACCAAGUCAGGAAGACAGAACUUAUUCAAUUCAUUCAACAUCGAGUCAACUAAUUUAGAAGAGGAAAAGGAAGAGGAAGAAGAGGAGGAGAAGCUGAUAGACCCAGCGAGUAUUUCUCGAGGGACGACGAAGAAGAAUAAACCGAAGAAGAAAAAGAAGAAGAAUAAGACAACAACAGCACUUGAUACGCCAACAGAAACACCACCGACCACCAAGAACGCACAGAACAACAACCAGACCGAUAAGCUCAGUAGCAGUCGUGGGCCAAAUGGGAAACAGAAGGAAAGCGAGACGGAUGAGAUCGACGAAGCGUUGCAGAUCCUGGGCAAGCAACUCAAGGCCACAAACUUCAAGUCUCCUCAGUCUGAACUCGAUCAACAGGAAUCUUGUUCUAGAAUCAAUAAUCUGCUCAAGGUCGACCCCAAAAUGCUCGAUCCUGAGUUGGAGUUACGGAGGAUGUUUGGAGCUAAAGUGGUUUCGUCGAGUGGCUCGACCCUUCGUCCGUUCCAAGGGAUGUAUGGCCCCCGGAUCACGAACGACCCGCACCACCAACUGAACACGAAGCUCAAGAUGAAGGGGGGCAACAUGCUAGCGAAGCCGGAGCCGAGCUGGCCGGCCUACAACCGGGCCACAGCCGGGCUGAGCAUGCGACGGCUGAGCGACGAGGAGGUGGACGCCGGCCAGCUGGCGCAGGCCGAUCUCUGGUUCAGAUUCGAACAUGCCGUCAGCUUCAAGCUCGUCCAGUCGCGGUUCCUGCAAGCUAUCAUGUCUCUCGACCCGAACCAACUGGUCGCCAUCCUCCCAAGAGCCCCAUACCAUCCAGACACACUCUUACAACUGUCGGAAGUCGCGGCGCAUAAUGAAGACCAAGGCCAAGCCACGAGAUUCCUCAACCAAGCCCUCUUCGUCAACGAGAAAACGCUCUGGACCGCUGCCAGCUCGUUCUUCUCCGCAGGACAUUGCAGACUAGAUUUCAAAAUCGUCGAGAAUCGUAACCUCUUUAAGGCCCUCGAUCUCAAGUUCAAACUCUUGCUUAAACAGGGCUGCUAUCGCUCUAGCUUUCAGACUUGUAAAUUCCUCUUCUCUUUGAACCCUUAUCAGGAUCCUUUUGGUUCUCUACUUUGGCUUGAUUUCUUGGCUCCCAAAGCCAACCAGGAUGAAUUCUUUAUUGAACUUCUCGACAACUUGGCUGCUCUGCAAAACCGGGAUCCGAAUGGUGGGAUUUAUACCGAAGCCUACCCUGGAUUGUAUUACGCACGAGCUUUAUGUUUGAGAGCAAUUGAGGAAAAGGAUCGGGCUUCAAACCAUGAUCCAAGUGACUUUGCAUUAGAAUCUGCCAUUUUGAGGUUUCCGCAAGUGAUCAAGCCACUAGCGAGGGCGAUCGGGUUGUCGAUUCCGACACAAUACGAGCGAAUCGAGCGGGCGCAAGUUGAGGAGGGAUACACGGAUGACGUGGCGAGGAACAUGCUCCAUCUGAAGGCCCGGAUUUACGCCGUCCGGUCGGCCUCGCUGUGGAAGGUGGCCGAGAUCUCGGAGUGGUUGCGGCAGAUCCUUGAGCGCGCCGUCGUCAAGUUUUCCCAGCCGGAUGAUCCCGACGUCCAGCUCGGCACCCAGUUCGCCACUAAUCCCCAGCUCCACUCGGCCGCUGCUGAGGGCAUCUAUCGAGCCGUGCUUGUUUCCGACGUUCAAGCGUUCAAGAACUUCCUUCCUCCCGCUGUCUAUUCCCAUUCGACCACCGCAUUCUCCUUCGACCCAUUGCCCCCGGAAGGAGGGACGAGCUACGAUGCGGAAUAUUUCAGGAAAGGGGACGAGAUGAUCGAUGGUCCGAGUGAGAUGGCUCGCAGGAGAGAAGCGGAAGAGGAGGAGGAGGAGGAGGAGGGCUUUGCUGGUGGGAUGGUUGGGGAGGAAGAGGCCGAGCGGGCGCUCGAGGAGCUCUUCGAGAAUGGGGACGUCGAUCAUCUCGAGCCGGAGCAACUCAACCAAGUCGCCAACCAGCUCCAACUCUUCCUCCAGCUCGGCUACGAGCGGCUGCAACCUGAACAGCGUGAGGUCCUUCGUGCCCGCUUCGAUCGACUUUUCGAACGCCGCCAGCAUGUCCCUCCUCCUGUUGAGCGCCCCGCGGACGAAGAUCACCAUUCCUCUACCUCUGACGAUGAUGUCGACCUACCGAUGCCCGGAGCCUUCGCCAACACGUUUUGAGAUAAGAACCAUAAAAAAAACUCAGAUCUCCUGCUUUGUCUACUCUUCCCCCCUCCCCCCCUCUCCUGUACCUUUUUUCUCUUCUCUCUCAUGUAUUCUAAUCUAUAUACCCAUCUUGAAGGCUUUUUUAUGAUUUGCGCAUUUCUCCUUUUUUUUUUUUUUGAUGGGUAAGCUCGGUUUAUUUUAUGUUUGCUCUGAUAUAUAAUCCAGCAGGAAAAGAAAACAUGGGGUCAUUUUGAUCCCGUUGUCUUGAGUCAACUCGUUCUGUUACCCUACAUACUCAUCCGCAUUUUAAUCGCACGAAAGGCUUGACAGAUGGUCAGGACUCAGA